UGUGCCUCCAGCUGUUUCUCCUGGCAAGCCUGAACAGUCACAGGCUCUCAACCUGUCUGCCACCAACAGAAGAUCCACCGUGAACCUGAAAGCUCUUUCAGGAUGGGGGUCUGUCCAUGUGAGGAGAUCUGUGCCCCCUCCCCGGAUCAUCCCCUCCCCCUCUAUGCGCUUCCUUUGUGUCAUCUGCAGCAGCAGGAAGAGAACCCACUGCAUGAGGGGCCCAUCCCUGUGCAGGUAUCCAGUAUACAGGGCCCCAGGAAGGAAAGGGCCACAAUAACCAUCCUCUGGGGGCCCCUGUGUAUGCGCCCACACCCCCUCCUCUAUCACUGGGGAAGCCGCCAUCAUGCAGACGUUAUCUCAGAAGCGCCAUUACCUCAGCACCCUCAGGGAGGCGCAAGCCUUUAUCAGCUUGGACCCCAACCUGCUACGAUUCCCAGAGGUUGUACUAGAGAGAAUCCAGAUAAAGAUAGAGGACGACCCUUCAUGUAAUACAGAAGCUGUUUAUAUAACCCCAACAUGUGAUCCAGUCUCUGACUACGAUGAGGCGUUCUCUCCACUGGACAUCCAGCUGAUCAGUGAAUGGUCGGAGGAAGAAGCCCCUUGUACCCCAGCAACGCCCGUUCCCAAUGAGGGAAUGAACGCAGCAGAAACGCAGUCUGGAACCCAGUUACCAGCCCCCAACAUGACCCAUAUCAUGAAUGGACCUGAGACAUCACUUAUGGAUCAGCAGCAUCACCUGCAGCUACAAGAAGAACAUAACAAAAGCCUCCGCCACCUGACACAAGCCCACAACGUGGAACUGCACAAAUUACGAGAAAAUAUGGUGGAAGGAAACGCCAGAAUGGUGCAGCAGCUCGAGGGCCUGGUGUCCGAGGUGCGAGAGCUAAACGCCCACGUUCAGCAGAUACACGUGAACCAAACACAUUUCAAUCACAUGUUCCAGAACUAUAUCGCUGAUACCAAAAUGUUCUAUGGGUCUAUAGUACAAGCUAUAAAAUCCUUAAAGCCACCUACGACCGUAAGUCCAUUGGCGUCGCCCACCUCAUCUCCUGUGUCGUCACCUAAAUACUCUGCAGCCCAAACAGACCCAAACCCAAUGACACUGACAGCAGCCAUGUUUGACUCUACAUCGAUGUCUCCAGCAGGUUCUGCAGAACCAGCGUCUGCAUCUUCCACUGCGUCAGAGGUCAACCAAACCAUCCGCCGCCGAGGACGGAAACCAGGCUUCCGAUCCCAGCCACAAAAAAAGCAUUGAUCUGUAAAUAGAUGUGUAAAUGGAUGGUUAUUGCUCACUCACUUAUUGCAGUUCCAUGUUGUAAAAAGAAUGGUCUAUCCAUGCACUGGCUUCUUUAUGAGGUUGGAGUGGAGCUUGUGCUCAGAUACAGCAGCUAACCAGAACAAGCAGAGCUGCAGUAUAAAACUAUUGAGUGGGGGUGGAGCCAUAACCUGAUGAUUUGAUGAGACUACCUCAGAUUCCAAAAGACAAUGGGGGAGAUUUAUCAAAACCUGUGCAGAGGAAAAGUUGCCCAAUUGCCCAUAGCAACCAAUCAGAUUGCUUCUUUCAUUUUGCAGAGGCCUUGUUAAAAAUGAAAGAAGUGUUCUGAUUGGUUGCUAUGGGCAAAUGGGCAACUUUUUCUCUGCACAGGUUUUGAUAAAUCUCCCCCAAUGUAACUGAACUGGAGUCCAUGAUGUUUGUCAUGGAGCAGAGCUAAACACUGAAGACAAUACAAAGCAGGUCAGCAUUACCCUGACAGGUAGUGACAUCCAGCAUUCGGGUCCCCAUGUGGAGAUCCAUGAACAUUUGCGUAAAUUAGUUCUUUAUGUUUUUAUAUAUUUACUGGAGUUAAGGUAUAAUAAAUCUAUAAUGUAUAUCUAUA